AUGAACCCCGUCAACACGAACCCUACCAGCUCCCAGCUGACGCCACCUGGUUUGUUACUAGGUGCUCGACUAGCAUCGGCUAGAUAUAUAGCUAGCCUUUCAUACCUUGACGACAAUAACCCGGCCAUCCUAGAGCUUGCCCUAGAUGUUACGCAAUCACUAGCGGUCGAUGCAGCCUUCAAGGCGGCCGCCGCGCAUUUUGCAGACAGUUACUACAUUGAUGUCGUGGUGAACAAUGCAGGCUAUUCGCUCUCGGGUGAUCCUGAAUCCGUUACUGAGCAUGAGAUGCACGACGAAUUUGAACUUCUUUGGUACCGAUGGAGUGAGUCUGUCGCUCGAGAGAUGCAUCCGGACUGGAACAUUCACUUUUGCAUCGUCGAACCCAGUGCCGUCAACACGAAUUUGGAAGCCUCCGGCAAGAAAUACACCAAGCCCCAUCCGGCAUAUUCAGCUGCUGAUAUGACCGGCCCGGCAGCUUGA